AUGGGUAAGCGAGUGGGGAGAGGGGAGACGGGCAAGUCUAGGGGGGGACACGGCGCUUGCGUGCGAGCGCAGGGCGGGUGGAGCCACGACUGGCCCCGCCCCCAAGCGCCCAUGGCCGGCGCGUGGAGGGGAGAGCGGGCCCCUGUCCUCUAUUUACUCUUUCAAUCAGUGCGAGUGUUUGCCCCUGGCCGGCGUGCACGCGCGGGUGAUGCGCUAGCCAUGAUCUCGCAGAAGCUGUCGUACGGCGACGUGCCCACGUCCGCGUCGCUGUCCUCCCUGUCGCCGGGCCUCGCGCCACCGUACGUCAACGGAAUGGGGUGCAUGCCAGCUCAGCCGUACCCCAACAUCUACUCCAACAACAUGGUCGCCGGCGGCUCGUGCAUGGGAUCCCCGGGCGUCGGCUACUCGCCGCCCAGCACCAUGGCCUCGUGCAUGGGCGGCGGCGGCGCGGUGCCCUAUGGCGCCCUGCCGCGCGAACAGGAGGCCGCCUCGCCCACCUCGGCCCUGCAACGCGCCCGCAACGACAAGACCUAUCGACGUUCCUACACGCACGCGAAGCCGCCCUACUCCUACAUCUCGCUGAUAACGAUGGCCAUCCAGAACAAUCCGUCGCGUAUGCUCACCCUCUCGGAGAUCUACCAGUUUAUCAUGGACCUGUUCCCGUUCUACAGGCAGAACCAGCAGCGCUGGCAGAACUCGAUAAGGCAUUCGCUGUCGUUCAACGACUGUUUCGUGAAGGUGCCGCGCACGCCCGACAAGCCGGGCAAGGGCUCGUUCUGGACUCUGCACCCGGACAGCGGGAACAUGUUCGAGAACGGCUGCUUCCUGCGGCGGCAGAAGCGAUUCAAGGACGAGAAGAAGGAGUCGAUAAGGCAAGCGCAGAAGGCGGCCCACACGCACGGGCACCACAGCUCCAGCCACGAGAAGAGAGGGGAGCACGCGCACGAGAAAUCGGCCGGCGCGGGUGCUGGGGAAGAGAAGGAGAUGCGGGACGACCUGCUGGCCCAGCUGCACGCGGCGCCCGAACUCUGUCUGCCCGAGCACACGCCGCUCGCACUGGAGCACUACGCCCAGCUGAAGCAGGAGCCGACAGGCUACGCGCCGGCGCCGCACCCGUUCAGCAUCACGCGGCUGCUGCCCGGCGCCGACACGAAGACGGACCUAAAGAUGUACGACGUGAACUACGGCUACGGGCACGCGCCGGCUGACAACUACUACCAGUCGCCGCUGUACCACCACCACGCCCACGCGCACUCGCAGCCGCCCUUG